AAAGACUAUCAAGCGCUGUCUAUUGAAUUAACAAUGAAUUAACAAUGUUAAUAAAAUAGAAUGUUUUUAGUAAGACAGUAGCAUAUUGUGCUCUCUGUCGGUUUCAUCAAGAAUGUUUUUAUGUAUUUAUUUGAAAAAAAUAAUACUCGAUAAUAAACAUAGAUAUAAAAAAAAUACACGUUUAAAGAAGGUCAGAUAAAUUGUGACGAGAGACAAUUUACCUCAGCAAGUAAAUAAUUAUUAAUUUAAAAAUAUUGUCAGUAGGUUUUUUCAAGGUAGGAAUGUUAAAUUACAUCAGCUAAAAUUAUUUUUGUUAUUUAAUAUUCUAUUGAUAAAAUGUCAUCAUCAAGUGAAGAAUUAAUUUUGGGUAUUGAUUUGGGAACAACAUCUGUUAAAGUUGUUAUUAUUACAAAUAAAACAAAACAAAUUGUUGCUAAACAAUCAAAAGAUACACAAGCAAAUGUACCAAGUGAUUUGGGAAUUGAAGGAAAUAAGCAAGAUGUACCAAAAAUACUAUCUGCUAUACACAGUUGUGUUUCAAGACUACCAAAAGAUUUAUUAAAACAGGUUGGACGUAUUGGUAUUUGUGGACAAAUGCAUGGUGUAACACUUUGGAAAAAUCCAGAAGCUUUAAAUCAUCAUCAAAAUGAUGGACAUACAUUUAAACUUGACAUUGAUAGAGAUAACGUAUCACAUCUUUACACAUGGCAAGAUAGUAGAUGUGAUAAAAAUUUUUUGAUGACUUUACCAGUUUCAAAAAGUCAUUUACCAGUUCAUACUGGUUAUGGUUGUGCAACAUUAUUUUGGUUUGCAAAAAACAAACCAGAAAAAUUUGAUAAAUAUGAUAAAUGUGGAACUGUUCAAGAUUUAGUUGUUAGUUUACUUUGUGAAAAUGAAGAAACAACAAUGAGUACUCAAAAUGCAGCAAGUUGGGGAUAUUUUUUAACUGAUAAAUGUCAAUGGGAAAUUGAUUUAAUGAAUGAUGGAAAUUUUCCAGUUGAAUUAUUGCCAAAAAAAAUAUUAAAACCAGGUGAAAUUGCUGGUAAAUUAAGUCAUUCUUGGUUUGGAAUUCCUGCUGGUGUACCAAUUGGUGUUGCUUUGGGUGAUCUUCAAUGUUCAGUUUAUGCCCUAUUAAAAGGACCAAAUGAAGCUGUAUUAAAUAUAUCAACAUCAGCACAAUUAACUUAUGUUGAUCCAACAUACAAUCCAAUAAAUAAAACUCAGUUAAAUUGUAUUGAAUAUUUUCCUUAUUUUAAUGAUCAAUAUCUUGCAGUUGCUGCUUCUCUAAAUGGUGGUAAUACACUUGCAGCAUUUGUCAAGGCACUUCAACAAUGGACAUUAGAAUUGGGAUUUUCAAUUCCUCAAUCACAAGUGUGGGAAAAAUGUAUCAAUUCAAGUAAUAAAGAUACUGCAAUAAGUGCCAUGGAAAUUGAACCAUUAUUAUUGGCUGAAAGAUAUAAUCCAGAUAAAACAGCAAGUGUUACUGGUAUUACAUUAGAUACACUUGAUUUAGGAAAAGUAUUUCGUUCAUUGUGUUCCGGAAUUAUUAAAAAUAUUCACAAUAUGAUGUCUGAACAACAAUUAAAAGAUAAAGGUAUCAUGAAAAUUGUUGGUAAUGGUUCUGGUUUAGUACGUAAUCCUGUACUACAAAAAGAAGUAACACAUUGGUUUAAAUUACCACUUGAAUUGGGUCAUUCUGGUGAUGCUGCUCUUGGUGCAGCAUUAGCAACUAUAUAAACAAUUAAUCUGUCAAACUAUAUUCUAUUAUUUUUCAACAAAAUUCACAAAAAAAAAUGGGUGAUCCAGUGUUAUGACGUUGCUUUUGAAUGUUUGCCUACUCUCACGUAAUGCUGUCGCAGCGACAAUUGUAGAUAUAUAUAUUUUUUUUUUUAAUUUCAAUAUGAAACUAUAUAAUGGUUUGAAUUUGAAUAAUUUUGAUUACGUACAUAUAUAUUACGUAAAUAAUAACAUUAUAAAAUUAUUAUAAUAAAAAUAAAAUAUUUACUUACAAAAAAAAAUAAAAAAAUAAUAAACUACUUGUUAUUUUUAUAUACACUGAUGUGCAUGAUAACGAUUAUUAAAAAUUCUAAAAAAAAAAAACUUGAUAAACAAGUUAGAUAAAAAUAAAGUAAUAAAUUAUUUACUUGUGCUCAAAGCUGCAGGCAUAUUAAAAUUUAAAUUCAGUUUAAAAAAAAAAUUUACAACUUUGUAAAUUAUUGUGGUAAAGUGCGUUCAACAAGAAAUUAUUUAAAUCUAAAUAUUGCAAAUAUAUAAUAAACCUGAACAGGGAUAUUAAAAUAAACAUCCUAAUUUCUCUUAGAAAAAAUAAUUUGGUGUCCUAUAAAUGCAAAUACCUGAAACACAUCCUAUUCACCCCCAUCUACUCUGUUUGAGAUAGACAGGUUGAUGUGCACACCUUGAUCAAUCAACUAAAACCAUUUACUCUGGUGCAUGAAA